AUGACUUCGAUGCAAAUAGACGACUCCCUCUCGGGGGCAAAAAGGAAAGCAGAGGACUCUGGUGAUGGACAGCGACCCCCUCGCCGCAUCAAGGCUCUCGCAGAGUCUGUCGUCAACAAAAUCGCGGCGGGCGAGAUCAUCAUCGCUCCCGUCAAUGCUUUGAAAGAGCUAAUGGAAAACUCUGUCGACGCAGGCGCGACGAGUCUCGAGAUCCUUGUAAAAGACGGCGGUUUGAAAUUGCUUCAGAUCACGGAUAAUGGCAGCGGUAUUGAGAAAGACGAUUUAGCCAUUCUCUGUGAAAGGCAUACUACGAGCAAGCUCUCCGCUUUCGAAGACCUGAGGGAGAUUACGACGUACGGAUUUCGGGGCGAGGCAUUAGCAAGUAUCAGCCAAAUCGCCCACUUAUCAGUAACGACGAAGACAAAAGAUUCUCCUGUCGCUUGGCAAGCGAAGUAUUUAGAAGGCAAGAUGGUGCCGCAAAAGCCGGGCAUGCCUGCCGAACCAAAAUCCACCGCCGGGAGGCAAGGCACCCAGAUCAAAGUCGAGGACCUGUUCUUCAACAUUCCCAUCCGCCGAAAGGCCUUCCGCUCCCCGGGCGAAGAAUUUGCAAAGAUCAUGGAUAUGGUGGGAAGAUACGCCAUCCACUGCGACAAAGUGGCCUUUUCGUGCAAGAAGGCUGGCGACGCCUCCGUCGGCCUGUCGGUGUCGGGGAAUGCCACUACCGUGGACCGUAUCCGCCAGAUUCACGGAUCUGAUGUGGCGAACGAACUUAUCGAGUUUACGAGCGCAGACCCGCGCUGGGGAUUCAAGGCAACCGGCUAUGCUACCAAUGCUAAUUACAGCCACAAGAAAAUGACGCUACUCCUUUUCGUCAACCACCGCUGCGUCGAGUCGGGCGAUAUCAAAAAGUCUCUUGAGGAGAUGUAUAGGAACUUUCUCCCCAAGAACGGCCACCCUUUUGUUUAUCUGAGCCUCGAGAUAAAUCCCCAUAGCGUUGAUGUCAAUGUCCACCCAACGAAACGACAUGUCAAGUUUGAGCACGAAGAUGAGAUCGUGCGAACUAUUUGCGAGGAUAUUAGCUCUAAGCUAGCAGCGGUUGAUAAGAGCCGGACUUUUAUGACACAGACGUUGCUCCCGGGAGUGAAGGUGACGACCAUCUCACCCCAGCCCGAUGGUGGCGAUGCAACUCCUACGCGCCAAACACCAGGGCUAAGUGGGAGUAAGAGACGAAGAAACUCGAACGAGCUUGUACGCACUGAUACAAGCGUUCGGAAAAUCACAACGAUGUUUCCGUCUGCAUCGGCCGUGGCUACCGACAGGACAGGGGAUAACCAGGCGGGACGAGAUGCUAAGGACACUCUUACCGCCUCCUUCCCAGAAGAUAUCAGCUACGAGACAGUGGAUAGACAGCCUGUUACCUGUCGACUCACGAGUGUCAAGGAGCUCAGGGCCGAAGUCCGAGAUGAGAUGCAUCACGAGCUCACAGACAUAUUCUCCAACCACAGUUUCAUUGGCAUCGUGGACGAGAGGCGGAGAUUAGCUGCGAUUCAAGGCGGGAUCAAGCUCUACCUUAUCGACUACGGCCACGCCUGCUACGAAUACUUUUACCAGCUCGGCCUUACGGAUUUUGGCAACUUUGGAACCAUUCGUUUCACGCCACCGCUAGAUCUUCGGACAACAUUGAGAAUGGCGGCCGAAACAGAGAAGAAAACGGACCCCACGGGACAAAACGACUUCGACGUCGAUGCCCUCGUUGGAAAGGCCACGGAACAGCUCGUCGAAAGACGGGAAAUGCUCUCCGAGUAUUUCUCCCUCGAGGUGUCGCCGGCCGGCGAGCUCAUAUCCAUACCUCUUCUUUUGAAGGGGUACACGCCGCCGCUCGUCAAGCUGCCGCGUUUCCUACUGCGGCUCGGCCCCGCCGUGAACUGGCUGGAGGAGAAGCCGUGCUUCGAGUCGUUUCUGCGCGAGCUGGCGACGUUUUACGUGCCUGAACAGCUUCCGCAGCUUCCCGGGGAUGACGAGUCAGCAAAGGAAGAGGAUGUCGACGAGGGGAUUAAAGAGCGGAGGAGGAAUGUCCGAUGGGCGGUGGAGCAUAUUUUGUUUCCGGCGUUUAAGGCAAGGCUGGUGGCUACGAAGGGGUUGAUGAAUUCUGGAGUUAUGGAGGUUGCGGAUCUUAAGGGAUUGUAUCGGCACGACUUGUACGACGCUGAGGACGCGACCGGGUGCUGUGCGCCGAUCCGGUGGGAAGAUCUACGGAAGCCGGUUGACGUACCUGCUUUGGGGGAACGAGGGUAUAGCGGCACUGCGACGUUUUGGGCUUCUCCAUUCCUUGGACCGCUUCUCUUCCAGAACGAGAGCAGCGAUGCGCGGGAUCAUUGUGCGAAUGAGCGAACCUUCCUAUCAUACCUCCGGCUAUCGGUCUACAUGGCCAUUGUGUCCAAUGCCAUCGUGCUCUCGUUCCACCUGAAGACUCAACCGAGCACUAUUGAGCUGCGGAUGGCGAAACCACUGGGUAUCGUGUUCUGGUUUCUUUCGCUUUGCUGUUUGAGCCUGGGUCUGGGGAACUACAUCACUACCGUGAACAAAUAUAGCCGCAGAGCAGCCCUCGUCCAAACCGGCUGGAAAACGCAAAUCGUUCUGGGUAUUGUCUCUGUAUGCAUCGUGGGCACCUGUGUCGUACUGCUUGUCGUCACCAAGGUCUCCGGCGGCCAUGCUUCUUCGUAUCGGCAGCUUCUCUCGUGGGUGCAGCCAACGCUGUGA